AUGAAUGAGAGAUCACAAUCAUUCAAUGGUUCGGAUAAACAUGUUCAAGUUAUCGCUCGACCACGUCCAUUAAGUGAUAAUGAAAAAUCUCAAAAUUUAACGAGCUGUUUAAAUAUAAAUGAAACACGUCGAGAAAUAAUUGUUAAUUGUAAAACAAGUACAACACGUUUUUUUAAUUAUGAUCAUGUCUUUGGUAUUCAAACACGUCAACAAGAUGUCUAUAAGGUUGUUGUUGCACCGAUUGUUGAUGAAGUACUUAAAGGUUAUAGUUCAACUAUUUUUGCUUAUGGUCAAACAGGAUCUGGUAAAACACAUACGAUGUUAGGAAAAUUUCUAAUGGAUAAAACAUCAAAAGAUACUGUUAGUGCUUAUAUGACAAUGCUUGAAUCAGAAGCUGGUAUUAUGCCAAGAGCUAUUCAUCAUAUAUUUCAAGGACUUCAACGUCAAUAUGUUGAUUAUACAGUUAAAAUUACAUAUCUUGAAUUAUAUAAUGAAGAAUUAACUGAUUUAUUAGCUGAUGUAACAAAUGAACAACCUGAAAAGAUUAAAAUUUAUGAAGAUAAAGAUAAAACAAAUACAAUAAUUGGUGCUACUGAAGUAAUAUGUGAAACACCAUUUGAUGCUUUUAAAGUAUUAAUUAAAGGUGCACAACGUCGACAAACAGCAGAAACAUUAAUGAAUGCAUCAUCAAGUCGUUCUCAUUCAAUAUUUACAAUGACUGUUACAAUGAAAGAUGCUCAAGGAGAUAUGAGAUUAGGCAAACUUCAUUUAGUUGAUUUAGCUGGUUCAGAAAACAUAUCUCGUUCAGGUGCAACCGAUAAACGUGCUCGUGAAGCUGGAACAAUCAAUCAAAGUUUAUUAACACUCGGACGUGUUAUAACAGCAUUAAUUUCAAAUGAAAAACAUGUUUGUUACCGGGAUUCAAAAUUAACAAGAAUUCUACAAGAUUCACUAUGUGGGAAAACAAUAACUUCAAUUAUUAUAACACUUUCCCCAGCAAAUGAAACCGAAACUCUAAGUACACUUGAAUAUGGUCAUCGAGCUCGUUCAUUAAAAAUUCGUCCGGAAAUUAAUCAAUUAUCAUCAAAAGAUGUUGCUCGUGAAUAUGUCGAUGAAAUUCGUCGUUUACGUCAAGAACUUGAUGCUAAACGAGAAGUUGAUGGAAUACCUUAUUCACAAUAUUUAGCUUUAAAAAAUCAAAUGACGUUAGUACAAACAUUAUCAGAUAAUAAUCAAGCAAAAUUAAAUAAUAAUGAACAACAGAUUGAACAAUAUCGAACAGAAAUUGAAUCACUUCGUCGACAAUUAGCAACACAACAACAAGAAUUAAGAUUAGAAAUAAAUGAACGAAAAGAAAUGUUAACAUUAAAUCGAUGUCGAUAUGAUGAACUUAUUCAAAUAACUAAUAAAGCUUUAACAUUUCGUGAACAAGUUGUAAAUGCUAUGCAACAACUUUGUUCAACACGUUCAGCUGGUUCAACAUUAAUUGAUCAAUAUAUUAAAGAUUGUCAGUCGAUUGGAGACAAUUUACAAAUAAAUGUUCAACGAAUAAAUGAGGACAUUCGAACGAUACUUUCAACUUGUAGUCAAUCAGUUGGAAAAGUAUUAACAAUAUCAACGAAUAUUGGUCAACAAAUUUAUAUACUUAAUGAAAAAAUUCGAGCUGUAUUAUCGCUAGCUUUUCAAAAUUUUCAUUCAAUAUUUGAAGAAUUAAAUAAUAUUCAUAAUCAUUUUCAAACUGAACUUGAUCGUGAAUUAAGACUAUUAAUUGAUAUGCUAGUUGUAGAAAUAAAAAACGACGUAGAUAAAAAUCAAGAAAAAUUAAUUCAAAUUCAAGAAGACACAUUAAUCAAAAUGAAAACUUGUUUUCAAGAAAUGUUAGCUUCAUGUGAUCUAUCAAAUCAAUCAUUAUGGCUUAAUUUACAUAAGUUUUUAACACAACGUUUCAAUCAAAUGAGUUUAAUGCAAAUAUCCGAAAAAUCAACAAAUGAUGGUAAUGAAUUACUUGAUUUAAACAAUAUCCGAACUGCAUGCCUUAAUGAACAUGAACAACAAGUCUUCAUAACUCAAAAUAAACUUGAAGCAUUGAUUACUCAUCUCAUUGAAUCUUUAACUGAUAUUAACAAUACUUCUAAUCAGAAAAAUACAAAAUUACAAAAUACUACUCUAAUUCAGCACAUUCAUAAUAUAUGUAUUCAACAUGGACAUGAAAUUCGACAAUUAUUAGAAACAAAAUUACAAUGUAUAUUUAGUCAAGUUCGAGAUGAAUAUGAACAACAAUGUGAUCAUUUACUUCGAUCUAUUGAACAUGAUAUUAAUCAAAUGAAUUUAAUAUUACAAGACAUGAAUAAUAAAUUUGAUUCAUCAUCAUUAAUCACAAAUGACUCAAUAUCACUUUUGAUCAAACAGUCACAACGUAUUGAUGUCAUGACAAAAAAUCUUGAGUAUGAUUGGCAAAUGAUUACACAAUCAGUUGAUAAAUUCGAAUGUGAAACAAUUGUACCACCACCGCCUAUAGCAAUACCAAAAACUGAUGCUGCAAUUAAGCUUGAACUUGCUAUUAAAGAACAACAACAACAACAACAACCACGUUUAAUGACAAUUGACAAUAAAGAAAAUAUUACCGAUGGAAAUCUUCUUCCUGCUCCUAUUCCCAUUUCUUCACGAACGGCUACAGUUAAUAUCGUGCCAUGUCGUCUUAAAAAUGAUACUCCAUUCUUUUGA